AUGAUCUUCUUCCACACAAACCGCCGUUGGAAACCCUACGGAGCACAGUUCGAUCCCAACAAGCUCGCAGAUAUCCUGAGUGCAAUUGUCAGGUACAGACUGCAGAUAGUUGAGCCCCCGGUGUUACCUUUGCCCAUAAAACCCAAUGCAGAUGGAGAUGGACCUAAUUUUGAGCCCAACCUUUGGAUGUGGGUGAACCCCAACAUUGUGUACCCCCCUGGAGAGUUGGAGGUCCCAGAGCCCAGUAAGAGGGGGAACCUGGCACUCUGCCCUUUGCCGCUCCCAAAGGGGGACAGACCCAACUGCUCAGAGGCUGCAGGGGGGCAGUCCCUGUCACCUUCCUCCAGCGAGCAGUCUCCCCCGAGGAAACGAGUGGCCUCUUCCCUCCGCACCCAGGAGCUCCCAGAAGAGGAGGCCGAGGACCAGGAUGACAGCUCCUCUGUGGCCCUCCUGCCCCCUCACACCAGGGCCCCCCUCCAGGCUUGGAGGCUUCACACCAAAGGCCAGGAGGGGCGGCUCUGGCCCCGGCCCCCACUCAAUUACUUCCACCUCAUCGCCCUGGCCUUAAGAACCAGCCCCCACUGUGGCCUCAACGUGCAGCAGAUCUACAAUUUUGCUCGACAGCAUUUCCCCUUUUUCCGGACAGCUCCGGAAGGCUGGAAGAAUACCGUCCGUCACAACCUCUGCUUUCGUGACAGCUUUGAAAAGGUGCCAAGCAGCAGGCAGCGCGAGGCCAGUGCCCGGUCCCGGUCCUGCCUCUGGAGGCUGACGGAGGAGGGCCGCCGCCGCUUCGAGGAGGAGGCCCACACCUUUGACGCCGCCAGGCUGGGGCUUAUCCAGCAGUGCAUGAGCCAGCCAGAUGUGGUGCGUAUCCUCUUUGACUUUUGAUGCCAGGGCUCCUUCCCAGUGAGCUCCGCUUUAUUAAAGACACCCAGCAGAC